AUGCCACUCAUUGGCUUCAACUCUAUUGCACCAUUUAGCAACAGGACCAGUCCUGCUGUCACUCUUGCCACCUGCUGUGUUGUACUACUCUACUACCUGCAACCUGCAGUAACCGAUGACAGCCGCAUCCUGGCUUGUAUCAGGAACAGUGGCCAGCAGGAGCAGGGAAGUGAUCGUGCCUCUGUACUCGGCACUGGCGAGGCCUCACCUCGAGUGCUGUGUCCAGUUCUGGGCCCUCUGUACAAGAGGGACAUUGAAGUGCUGGAGCGUGUCCAGAGGAGAGCGACCAGGCUGGUGAGGGGUCUGGAGACCAGGUCAUAUGAGGAGAGGCUGAGGGAGCUGGGCAUGUUUAGCUUGGAGAAGAGGAGGCUGAGGGGAGACCUCAUUGCCCUCUACAGCUACCUGAAAGGAGGUUGUGGAGAGGUGGGUGCUGGCCUUUUCUCCCAGGUGAAUAAUGACAGGACCAGAGGAAAUGGUCUGAAGCUGCAGCAGGGGAGGUUUAGGUUAGAUAUUAGGAAGAAUGACUUUACUGAAGGAGUGGUCAGGCACUGGAACAGCCUGCCCAGGGAGGGGGUUAAGUCACCAUCCCUAGAGGUAUUUAAGAAACGUCUAGAUGUGGCACUUCAGGGCAUGCUCUAG